AUGCAGCCCCCGGCGGCCUCCCCCGGCCCCGCCGCCCCGGCGGGAGCCGAGCUGCUGCGGUGGCAGUGGCGGGAGGUGCAGGCGCCCUGCCUGGUGGCCGCCUGGAUCCUGGUGGCCAGCCUGGCCAAGAUCGUUUUCCACCUGUCAAGGAAGGUGACGUCCAUCGUCCCAGAGAGCUGCCUCCUCAUCCUGCUGGGGCUGGGCCUGGGAGGCAUCGUGUUGGCUGUGGCAAAGAAAGCCGAGUACCAGCUGGAGCCCAACAUGUUCUUCCUCUUCCUUCUGCCCCCCAUCGUCCUAGACUCGGGCUACUUCAUGCCCAGCCGGCUGUUCUUUGACAACAUUGGUGCCAUCCUCACCUACGCGGUGGUGGGCACGCUCUGGAACUCCUUCACCACCGGCGCUGCGCUCUGGGGGCUGCACCGAGCCGGGCUCAUGGAUCCAGGCGUUGAAGCUGGGCUGAUGGAUUUCCUGCUCUUCGGCAGCCUCAUCUCAGCUGUGGACCCCGUGGCAGUGCUGGCCGUCUUUGAAGAGGUCCAUGUAAAUGAGACCCUCUUCAUCAUCGUGUUUGGCGAGUCUCUCCUGAAUGAUGCUGUCACCGUGGUGCUGUACAAGGUCUUCAACUCUUUUGUGGAGCUGGGCCCAGCACACAUCCAUGCCACUGACUACGUGAAGGGGGUAGCCUCCUUCUUCCUGGUGAGCCUUGGGGGCACGGCCGUGGGGCUGCUCUUUGCCUUUCUCCUGGCCCUGAUCACGCGGUUCACCAAGCGUGUGCGCAUCAUUGAGCCACUCUUCGUCUUCCUCUUGGCCUAUGUUGCAUACCUUGCUGCUGAGAUGGUCUCGCUUUCCUCCAUCCUGGCAGUCACCUUCUGUGGGAUCUGCUGCAAGAAGUACGUGGAAGCCAACAUCUCCCAGAAAUCCCGCACCACGGUCAAGUACACCAUGAAGACCCUGGCCAGCAGCUCAGAGACCAUCAUCUUCAUGUUUCUGGGCAUCUCGGCUGUGGACACCUCCAAGUGGGCAUGGGACACAGCACUGGUGCUGGGCACCCUGCUCUUUAUCCUGCUCUUCAGAGCUGUGGGCGUUGUCCUCCAGACCUGUGUGCUCAACCACUUCCGCCUCAUCCCCCUGGACAGGAUUGACCAGGUGGUCAUGUCAUAUGGUGGCCUCCGGGGGGCCGUGGCCUUUGCCCUGGUCAUCCUGCUGGACAGGACAAAGGUGAAAGCCAAGGACUACUUUGUGGCAACAACCAUCGUGGUGGUGUUCUUCACUGUCAUUGUGCAGGGCCUCACUAUCAAACCCCUGGUGACAUGGCUGAAGGUGAAGCGCAGUGACCACCACAAGCCCACGCUGAACGAGGAGCUGCAUGAGCACGCCUUUGACCACAUCCUGGCAGCGGUGGAGGACAUCGUGGGGCACCAUGGCUACCAUUACUGGCGGGACAAGUGGGAACAGUUCGACAAGAAGUACCUGAGCCAGCUCCUGAUGCGGAAAUCUGCCUACAGGCUGCGGGACGAGAUCUGGGAUGUUUACUACAAGCUGAACAUCCGUGAUGCUAUCAGCUUUGUCGACCAGGGUGGCCACGUGCUCUCAGCUGCCAAGCUGGCACUGCCCUCCAUGCCCAGCCGCACGUCCAUGUCGGAGUCGUCGGUCACAAACCUCCUGAGGGAGAGCGGGAGUGGUGCAUGCCUGGACCUGCAGGUGAUUGACACAGUGCGGAGCCGCCGGGACAAGGAGGAUGCUGCCAUGCACCAUGUGCUGCGAGGGAGCCUCUACAAGCCCCGCCGGCGGUACAAGGCCAGCUACAGCCGUCACUUCAUCUCUCCAGAUAAACAAGAGCGCCAAGAUAAAGAAAUCUUCCGGCAGAACAUGAAGAGGCGGCUGGAGACCUUCAAGUCCACAAAGCACAAUGUCUGCUCCUCCAAGAACAAGGCCAGGCUGAAGGAAAAGGGCAGGAAAAAGAAGAACAUCUCUCUGACCAGAGAGGCACCCAAUGGGAAGACGCACAGAAAUGUCCCCUGGCAGGAGGCAGCUCCUGUCCUUGUAAUGGUCAGCUCAGAGGAGGAGGAGAGCGAUAGCUCGGAGACGGAGAGAGAGGACGACGAAGGGAUUGUGUUCAUCGCUCGAGCCACUGAUGAGGUCCUACAGGGAAAGACAACUCCUGGCAGCCUGGAUGUCUGCCCCAGCCCCUGCAUCAUCCCGCCAUCGCCCACCUUGGCAGAGAAGGAGCUGCCGUGGAAAGGAGACCAGGCUGAUCUGGCUGUUUAUGUCUCCUCGGAGACCACCAAAAUUGUCCCAGUGGAUAUGCAGAAGGCGUGGAACCAAAGCAUCUCCUCCCUGGAGAGCAUCGCUUCCCCCCCAGGCGUCGAGAGCGGACCUCAGCACAGGAGAUUCGCCUGCCCUGUGCUGGAGGAACAACCCCAGUCUGCAAGCCAGGUGAUGCCGGAGCAGGGCUCCUGCUUCCAGUUCCCCAGCCAUGUCUCUAAGAGCGGCCGGUCGCAGAGUGACAGCAGCCCGGAUGGCGCUGAGCAGCAGGAGCUGCAGCCUUUGAUGGCCACAGAGGAGCAGGGCAGGAUGCUGCCUGCCACGGAGCCCAGAUGGCUGAUGUUCAACAGAGCAAGCCACCUCUGA